AGUACACCUUUCUCUAUCUCUUUCUCUCUCAUAAAUCUUUUUCUCUCUCCAAACAAUUCUUCUGUGCGGUGCCCUUUGGACUUUGGAGGCCAAUCAUGCACAGUGCAUUUCAGUUAUACCUUCCUGCAACUCACUCCUUCCCACUCUGCAUUUCGCUAAUUGCCUUAGCUCACCCAAUUUCUUCAAAGGUAUGCAAUAAUCUUACCAAACCCCACCCAAAUUAGGGUUUUUAAAAACCUCAAUGGAGGCUAGUGUUUCAGGUUAUUGAGUAGGAAUUGUAUCUUAAAAUCAUUAAUUCUUUGUGUUUCUUUUCAAAAUCAAUCCCUCUUUUUUUAAAUGCAAUGGGUAAUGUUGAAAUCCCCAAUUGGCUCAAAGUGUUGCCACUGGCACCUGAAUUUCGACCUACUGAUACCGAAUUCGCCGACCCGAUUGCUUAUAUUUCAAAGAUUGAGAAGGAAGCUAGCCACUAUGGGAUAUGUAAGAUUAUACCACCAUUGCCCAAGCCUUCAAAAAAGUACGUUUUUUCUAAUUUGAAUAAAUCCCUCUUGAAGGCCUCUGAAUUGGGUCCAGAGAGCGAUUCUCUAGGUUGUUGUAAUUCUUCGAGAACGGAUUCUAGGGAUGUUGGUAGUAAUGAUAGGUUGUUGAGGGCUGUCUUUACUACAAGGCAGCAAGAACUAGGGCAGAAUGUGAAGAAAACCAGCAAAGGGAAUGUUCAGAAUCCACUGCCAGGUGGUCAAAAACAAGUGUGGCAGAGUGGGGAAGUUUAUACACUUGAUCAGUUUGAGUCGAAAUCGAAGUCCUUCGCUAAAAGUGUGCUGGCUACGGUGAAGGAAGUUUCUCCACUGGUUAUAGAGGCUAUGUUUUGGAAGGCAACAUCAGAGAAGCCUAUAUAUAUUGAAUAUGCCAAUGAUGUGCCUGGGUCUGCUUUUGGGGAAUCACAGGGUCAAUUUCUUUAUAGUCAUAGAAGACGAAGAAAAAGGACUUAUUAUAAGAGUAGGCCACAUAGCUCUGAUUCUAAACAAACUGAAAUGGAUGGCAUAGGAGAUACCCAAAUUGAUGAGAAUAAGGGUGCUUCUGCCAAAACUCAUGCAGAACAAUGUGUACAGUCCCAAACAGCUAGUACUGUGACACUUGCAUCAAACGAAGUUUCACAAUCUUCUAGGGAAAAGGGUUCAGAUGCUGCUGAUGAUGAUAUGGAAGGCACUGCUGGUUGGAAGCUUUCAAACAGUCCAUGGAACUUGCAAGUUAUUGCACGCUCAUCUGGCUCGCUAACACGUUUCAUGCCCGAUGAUAUUCCUGGUGUUACUUCACCUAUGGUAUACAUUGGUAUGCUGUUCAGUUGGUUUGCUUGGCAUGUGGAGGAUCAUGAGCUUCACAGCUUGAAUUUCCUUCACACUGGCUCUGCAAAGACUUGGUAUGCUGUUCCUGGAGAAUAUGCCUUUGCUUUUGAGGAGGUCAUCCGCUCUAAGGCAUAUGGUAGUAGUGUUGAUCAUUUAGCUGCUUUGAAACUUUUAGGUGAGAAAACAACUCUUAUAUCACCUGAAGUAGUUGUUGCAUCUGGGAUUCCUUGUUGCAGGUUAAUACAGAAUCCUGGUGAAUUUGUUGUGACUUUUCCAAGGGCUUACCAUGUUGGAUUCAGCCAUGGUUUUAACUGUGGGGAGGCUGCUAACUUUGGAACUCCGCAGUGGCUUACUGUAGCUAAGGAAGCUGCUGUGCGUAGAGCUGCUAUGAAUUAUCUUCCAAUGCUCUCGCAUCAGCAACUGCUUUACUUGCUGACCAUGUCUUUUAUUUCUAGAGUACCAAGAACAUUAUUACCUGGUGUGCGUAGUUCUCGUCUAAGAGACCGUCAGAAGGAAGAAAGAGAGUUUUUAGUAAAAAAGGCUUUUAUAGAAGAUAUGCUGCAGGAAAACAAACUUCUAUCCAUUCUUCUUUUACUACUAGGUUCUAGCAAAGAUUGUUCAUUACCUGAAGUUUCUGCUGCUGAAACGGCCAUGGUGGACAUGCCAAAUACUAGUUUGGGAGAUAAGAUUGGUCAUAGUCUGAUUGACGAGAUGAGUUUGUAUAUGGAGAAUCUGAAUGGUCUAUAUCUUGAUUGUGAUGAUCUUCCAUCUCACUUCCAAACUGAUUCAGGGGCAUUGGCUUGUGUGGGCUGUGGAAUCCUUGGUUUUCCAUUUAUGACUGUGGUACAACCAUCUGAGAAAUGGAUGGAAACUCUUCCUGGUCAAGAUUGCACUCUCAACUCUACUGCUCAUAGCUCAGUCUCUGGUAAUGACUCUGUUUCUGAACUUCCUGCUGCAAAGGAGUCACCAGAUCAAUCAUUUGGUUGUACUAAUUGUUGGAACAUGGCUAAUAAAUUUUUGAGGCCUCGGAUUUUCUGCCUGGAACAUGCAGUUCAGAUAGUGGAGAUGUUGCAGUGCAAAGGCGGAGCCAAUGUGCUUAUUAUAUGCCAUUCAGACUAUGAGAAGAUAAAGGCACAUGCCAGGGCAGUUGCAGAAGAGACACACAUUGCAUUUGAUUAUAACGAUGUUCCAUUAGAUACUGCAUCCCCAGAAAAUUUGACUCUCAUUGACCUGGCAAUUGAUGGUGAGGAAUAUGAUGAAUGCGAAGACUGGACAUCUAACUUGGGAAUUAAUCUGCACCAUUGUGUUAAUGCAAGAAAUAAGUCUCCAUCUAAACAAGCUAUUUGGACCCUGGCAUUGGGCAUGCUGUUCUCUGAUAAAGGUCCUGGUUCACAAUUUAUAGCUAUAAAUUGGCAGUCUCGAAGAGCUCGCUCCAAAAGAUUACAUCAUCUAGCUCCAACGAAACCUAAACCCAGUAUUGCCAUUCAGAAAAGGGAAGAUGAUGAGUUGGAGGGAAGAAUAGAUGAUUCUAUUGCCAGAAAGAAGUUAAUUCAAUAUUCAAGAAGGAAGUUCAAGUCCAACCAAAAUUCUUAUUCUGGAUCAAGCAUUGUCCAUGAAUUGCAAGAGAAGUCCAAGAUUGUGUCGGCUGAUUCGAGUGGGGAUCAUUAUAAAUGUGGUUCUAAAGGGGAGCUUGAUGCUGAUAAUUUCAAAAGCGAUUGUGCUUUGCCAAAUGCAUCUGCUUCCAUUGCAGUGUCUCCAGUGGAUCAUGAAAUUCAGGGUACUGAAUUUCCCAAUAGCAUUAGCUUGAACGCUGAUACCUCACAAACUUCUAAUUCCUCUCCAGGUCAUUGUUUCGUGAAUGAAAAUGUUGAAACUGAGAUUGAGAAUCACACCGUGCAGGAUUUAGGAAUAGAUGGAGAAAAAGAUGAUCAAUCUAAGAAUCAUCAUGAUACUGGUGUUUUGGAAACGAGUGGCAAGGAGGAGCUUGGGUGUCAGGACAAUAAAUAUUCUAGAUCACUUGUGAAUUCGACGGACAGAAAUGUCGACGUUGGUUGUAAAUGUGAUAGCUUGGAUUUGGAUGAAGAAUUGCAUCCAGAGAAUCCAUCUGCCUGCAAAAGCAACAAUGAAGAAGCUGCUUCAUCUAGUGUCUCAUUGGCAAAUCAACCUAUACUUGCCUCUAUAGAUGACGCAUUAACUGAAUUGGCUUCGGAGUCUGCAAAGCAGUGCAAGGUCCAAGAUAAUAAUACAAUUUACGAGGAACCUGUUUCUAGUAAUGUUGCAAGAGGCAAUACUAGAAGUGAAGCCAUCUUGGAGUUAGGAUGUUCUGAAGUUGCAGUAGAAACUUGUUCUCAAGAAGAAAAUGAAUUGAAAAUCCAGCCAAAUAAUAGAAUUAAUGAGGAAGAUAACUCAAGUCCCAAGACACCAUUAAAGGAAGAUAUUAAUGGAAGUGAAGAUAAAUUGUCACAAGAUAUGAUGACAGAGCAGGAAAGCUGUAAGUUGAGUAAUCCGGUUCCCAGAUCAAAUCCUCGGAAGAAAAGAAAGACGGAACUGGACCAGAUAACAGAGAAUCAAUUCAGCUGCAACAACUUUAUUCGAAGUCCGUGUGAAGGUCUGAGGCCAAGAGCUACGAAGAUUACCCCUGAGAAAAGUGAGGGAGAUGCCGACCAAGAUGACAAGGAGAAUCCGAAGGCUAGAAGGGACCGGAAACCUUCUGAAGUUCCAGCUGCAGACAAGAACAAAAAAGACGAUGUUGAAAAGCCCCACAGGUGUGACCUUGAUGGUUGCAGUAUGAGUUUCAUGACAAAGGGUGAGUUACAGUUGCACAGGCGUAACCUUUGCCCUCACAAAGGGUGUGGCAAGAAGUUCAGCUCCCACAAAUACGCUCUCCUUCAUCAGCGUGUUCAUGAUGACAAGAGGCCCCUCAAGUGCCCAUGGAAAGGUUGUGCCAUGUCAUUCAAGUGGGCAUGGGCAAGGACGGAGCACAUACGGGUGCACACUGGGGAGAAGCCCUAUAAAUGCAAGGUCGAGGGGUGCGGCCUUUCUUUCAGGUUUGUAUCGGAUUUUAGCCGGCACAGGAGAAAAACAGGUCACUACGUGAAAUCAGAUUGAAAUAUAUAAUAUUCUUUUCAGACCCCUUUUUUGUAAACAUUGUGCACAUAUGCAAAUUAGUGAUGUCUGACCUGAAGCAUUCUGGUUUAGGUGUAAAGUUAGGAUAGAAUUAAUGGUUGUUAUUUUAGGUCCUCACUAUCCAAUUUUAUUUGAUGGCAAUUAGAGUUGGUAGUUAAGAUAGUUUUGAUCUUUUGGGAAUUAUUAGACAGCAGAUACAUGUAAAGCAGCAUACUCUAAAGGAGAGUGUGCUGCAUCAUCACCAUUAUGUGCCUGCUGGCUUAUCUUUUGUUGAUUGCCACUCACGGUUCUUUGGAAGCAGUUCAUAGGAUCUUGAUAUCUUUCUGGAUAGCUGAUGUUCAUUGUAGCUGUAAAUUACUUGGGAUUAAACACCAUUUGUUUAAAGGGGUGCAAGAAAACCGAGGUAAGAAACAAUUGCAACAGGAAUGUAUUCUCAAUUAUUCUAUUUGAUUUUCUCUUGCUUGGUAAAUUCAAUGUUCAAGCAUCC